AUGGAUAAUAAGCUCACCACUUGGAAAGCCAAAACCCUUUCACUUGCUGGAAGGGUUACCCUUGCCACUUCGGUUCUGAAUUCUCUGCCUAGCUAUGCUAUGCAGUCCUCUGUUCUCCCGGCUACUAUCUGUGAGGCUAUUGACAAGAGAAUCAGAGGGUUUAUUUGGGGGUCUCAGGAAGGGGUUAGGAAAGCACAUCUGAUCUCUUGGGAGACCAUUUGUAAACCGAAGAGUCAGGGGGGGCUUGGGUUGAGGUCUGCUCGUAGUAUGAAUAUGGCUUUUCUGAUUAAGCUUGCUUGGCAAAUUUUGAACCAUGAGGAUGCUUUGUGGGUUAAGGUCUUGCAGGGAAAAUAUUUUAAACAGAGGAAUGGUGCCAUUCUUUCCAUGAAGAAAAGCAACCAUUCGAGUCUCUGGAAAGGCAUCCUCAAAGCGAUGCCUUUGAUGAAGAGUGGAUGUUGCUGGAGUAUCAGAAAUGGCGAGACUACAAGCUUUUGGACUCACCCGUGGCUGGACACAGGGAUCACCCUCGACUCUUACCUGGUGCAGGACAUCCCUGACAGUGAGAGAUACUCUGCUGUGGCGGAAUGGACCACGGCGGAUGGUAAGUGGGAUUGGGACAGGCUUGAGAGCUUAUUGCCUGAUGACGCUCUGAAUUUGAUUGCAGGAUGUGAACCACCUAACCCGGAAUUGGGAGAAGACAAGACCAUAUGGGGGCUUGAAGCUGAUGGACGCUUCAGAUUGAAGUCUGCUUACUACCUGGCAGCAACUGGGGACGAAGGAGAAGAUGCUGACACAAGCUGGAAGGGCAUCUGGAAGUGGAAGGGACCCAACAGGGUCAAGCAUUUCUUUUGGCUGGUUUUCCAUGACCGACUGAUGACCAACCACGAACGCAAAAGAAGAAAGAUAACCACUUUGGAUAAGUGCAACCAUUGCAACGAGGAAGGAGAGACAAUUGAACAUAUCCUACGCAGCUGCAGCAAAGCAAGAGAGGUCUGGUGCAAACUCAGGCAUAGAAUGGUGGAAAGCAACCUCCAAAUUCCUCUGGAAGAAUGGCUAAUGAGAAACCUGCUGGAUGAGGAUAAGGGUAUUGAUUUCGGGCUGAUAUGCUGGCACCUCUGGAAACAGAGGAAUGAAGAAGUCUUAGAUGGGAAGAGCUACUCAAAACAGGGCCUUCUCUGCAGGAUUGGAGCCUGGUUUAACAUCAUCAGAAACGCGCAUUCUUUCUGGGAGAGCAUUGCGAAUGAACCCAGGAGGGUGCUGCAGACAAAGGAAAUCACUUGGAAGCCACCACACCAUGAGUGGAUACAAAUCCAAAGCGACGGAUCAGUCCACCACGGCUCAGGUAAGGCGGCUGCAGGUGGCCUCUUCCGUGAUCAUCUCGGCAGAUGUCAUCGAGCUUUUGUCUGCAAUUUGGGAAGUUGCUCGAUCACGCAUGCGGAGCUGAAAGGUGCAAUGGAGGGGCUGAAGAUUGCUUGGGAAGAAGGGUAUAGAAAAAUCGAGCUCAAUUUGGAUUCGGAGACGGCUAUUUCGAUCAUCAACAACCACUCGGAAGAUGAUCACAGACAUGGGCAAACGGCAGCCAUGUUUAGGAACCUUUUGGACCGGGAUUGGGAGAUCAAAAUCUCUCAUGUGUAUAGAGAGUCUAACUGUGCAGCUGAUUAUCUUGCUAACGUUGGGCACGACUCCCCUUUUGGCACACAUUUUUUCGAUGUGUGUGACCCGGGGCUUAGAUAUUGGCUUCAAUAUGAUGUAAUGGGCAUUGCCCAAGAACGUUCUAUUAAUACUAUGCACUAG